UGUUGACUUUUAAAUGUUUACUGCCAUUAAAUAUGCGAGUGAGUCGCCUGUGGACGCGCCCCGAUUGCACGCGUUCUCGCGGCAGCGCGGGCACGGUGGCGCGCGCUCGCCACACGCUGGACAGGGUACUGCGAAGGGGUCGGUUUUUUUUUUUUUUUGGACAUUGAGAAGAGUAAAAGGCAGCAUAGGUACCCCAAGAUAAUGAACAACAAGUUCGACGCCCUCAAAGAUGAUGACAGUGGAGACCACGAUCAGAAUGAGGAAGCCAACACACAGAAAGAGUGUGAGAAGGAAAAAAGUGAAGAUGGAAAAAACCAGAAUGGUAAAAGAAAGACAGUUGUACCAGGGGCAGGUGAACACCCACUACAGUAUAAUUAUACAUUCUGGUACUCAAGGAGGACCCCUGGCCGGCCCACCAGCUCCCAGAGUUACGAACAGAAUAUCAAACAAAUCGGAACCUUUGCCUCUGUUGAACAGUUCUGGAGGUUCUACAGUCACAUGGUUCGACCUGGGGACUUGACAGGUCACAGCGAUUUCCAUCUCUUCAAGGAAGGGAUAAAGCCAAUGUGGGAGGAUGAUGCUAAUAAGAAUGGUGGGAAAUGGAUAAUCCGCCUAAGGAAGGGUCUAGCCUCACGAUGCUGGGAAAACCUGAUCCUAGCAAUGCUGGGAGAGCAGUUCAUGGUAGGAGAGGAGAUCUGUGGGGCAGUAGUCUCGGCACGCUUCCAGGAGGACAUAAUCUCUAUCUGGAACAAAACUGCCAGUGACCAAGCCACAACGGCUCGCAUAAGGGACACUCUGCGACGAGUCCUUAACUUGCCACCCAACACCAUUAUGGAAUACAAGACUCACACUGACAGCAUUAAGGCUUGGGAGGAGUUUCAUGGUCUUGUGAACACUGCUGGUGGCCGUUGACUAAAUGUCCUGUCCAAGAGACAAUCGAAGUUUGGUAUACAAAGCUUACAUUGUGAAGACUGCACCUUCUUUAUUUUUCUCCCAGGCCUGGAGCAAAGCAGAACUUUGAAUGGUUUAAACCUGUUGCCAUGUGUGCACCAGUCCUUUGAAAGGUCUCUGCAUAUUGGUGACCUCUGUAGGCAAUAAUUCCUGCUGAAGAUUCUUUUAAAAUAAUUAAAGGACUUGAGUAUAUCAUGAGAAAGAUUGGUUGAAAUCGUGACUUGAAAUUCCCAAGUAAAACUAAAUAUAAAAUGUUAAAAUAUUUGCAGACUCUUUAGUUUCUUUGUAAUGGUUCUUGAAAGAAACUGCUACUUUACAUGUUCUGAGGUAUUUUGUUUACAGUAACAUUGGAAAUGUAUAAAUAUUUUUCUGCUUGAUUAAAAAAAAAUUAAGAGAAGAUGAGACAAAAUGAAACGAGUGGCACAUAUUUUGUGCAGAAGCCAU